AGGAAGUGGUCCAUGCAAAGUGUCAAAGAUGGCGGCACACAUGUCAAGGCGAAUGCUGCUUAAAUAAUAUACAAAAUUAUACUGUUUUCUCUAUGAUAUGAGUCGCUAAAGUGGAUAAUCAAGUAUAGACUGCACGUUAUUACUCAUAUAUGACCACAUAAGGAACGAGAGGAUGGCAGUUUUGGGUGAUUUAAAUCGAACGGUGCGGUUAUUACUAGGUCAAAUUCAAAGGUGCGGGCAGAGUGGGUCUGCAAUCAACCAAUAUCAGAAAUCGGUGCGUUGUAUGAGCCUGGCGGCGCCCAAGCUUCAGCCCACUGUAGAUGAUAAUGAAGCCGUGAGCCCGACAUUUGUGAACAGAAACCCGCGGAACCUGGAGCAGAUGGCUCUAGCGGUGAAGGACAGGGGCUGGAGAACAACCUGGCCCUCCCAAAAGUUCUACCACAGGUUAGUUUUCUCUCGCUCCCAGCACUAUGUAACAGCUGAGGUGUUUGCCAACGGUGAUGCAGUCCCUGUGCUGUCGUGUUCCACCAAAGAGUGGGCCCUGAAGCGUGAGCUGGGUUCUACCCGUUGUGUGGCAGCCAGCCAGGCUGUGGGUGAGGUACUAGCACAGAGGUGUCAUCAAGCUGGCAUCACUAGGAUGGUGUACAGACACAUCCCCUGGCAGUAUCGCUCUGAUGCUGUUCAGUCUUUCCGGACAGCAAUGAAAGAGGGAGGAGUCACCCUCAGUGAACCGCGGCAGAAAUUCAUCGGGAACUAACUGCAAAGGUUCCUAAUAGCCUAUAAAGAAAUAUUCUCCCUGUUUGUCUUGACACAAAUGGCCCAUUUUCAAUUUUAUUUACAUUGUGUUAUUCAAUAAAAAAAGGCAGACAAAUUAA